AUGGUUAGCUUAACCUUUAAAAAUUUCAAGAAGGAAAAAGUUCCUUUAGAUCUGGAACCUUCAAACACAAUUUUAGAGACCAAGACCAAGCUUGCUCAAUCCAUUUCUUGUGAAGAAUCUCAAAUAAAACUGAUCUACUCGGGUAAAGUGCUACAAGAUUCCAAAACCGUAUCGGAAUGCGGGCUAAAAGAUGGGGACCAAGUUGUCUUCAUGGUUUCUCAAAAAAAGUCCACGAAGACCAAAGUAACAGAACCUCCAAUUGCUCCUGAGAGCGCCACUACCCCCGGAAGAGAAAAUUCUACAGAAGCAUCCCCCAGUACGGAUGCUUCUGCAGCUCCUGCAGCCACUGCUCCCGAAGGCUCACAACCGCAAGAAGAACAAACCGCCACUACAGAACGUACUGAAUCUGCCUCUACACCGGGAUUCGUGGUGGGAACCGAGAGGAACGAGACCAUCGAGAGAAUCAUGGAAAUGGGCUACCAAAGAGAGGAAGUCGAACGAGCCUUGAGAGCAGCCUUUAAUAAUCCAGAUAGAGCGGUGGAAUAUCUACUGAUGGGUAUUCCAGAAAAUCUGCGUCAACCGGAACCACAGCAACAAACAGCCGCCGCAGCGGAACAACCAUCGACAGCCGCCACCACUGCGGAACAACCGGCUGAAGACGACUUAUUUGCACAAGCUGCCCAAGGCGGUAAUGCUUCAUCCGGUGCGCUUGGCACAACUGGAGGAGCUACAGAUGCUGCGCAAGGUGGACCUCCAGGUUCCAUUGGCCUCACUGUAGAAGAUUUACUAUCGUUGAGACAGGUCGUUUCAGGUAACCCAGAAGCUUUAGCCCCAUUGUUGGAAAACAUAAGUGCUAGAUAUCCUCAAUUACGUGAACAUAUCAUGGCAAACCCAGAAGUGUUUGUGUCCAUGUUGCUAGAAGCCGUGGGUGACAAUAUGCAAGAUGUUAUGGAAGGUGCGGAUGAUAUGGUGGAAGGAGAGGAUAUAGAAGUUACAGGAGAGGCUGCUGCUGCAGGACUGGGACAAGGUGAAGGUGAAGGUUCUUUCCAAGUUGACUAUACCCCCGAAGACGAUCAAGCUAUUUCGCGCCUCUGUGAAUUGGGCUUUGAAAGAGAUCUUGUUAUCCAGGUGUAUUUUGCGUGCGAUAAAAACGAAGAAGCUGCAGCAAAUAUUCUAUUCAGCGAUCAUGCCGACUGA